UAUAGCUGUAACAUAAUUGUCAAAUUUGAUGCGUUACGGGAUAACGUCAGUAGUGACGGUUUGGAUUUAAAAAUUUAAGUUUGAUUAUACUCACAUUGGGUUGAUAACUAAAUUCAUGUAUUCAUAAAAGUCUAUUUCGACAACGAAAAAUCACUAGCAAUCGUAAUACGAAGUGACCUUUUCUGUUUUCAGUUAUUCACUUCAUAAGAACCAUAACUGCCAUAGUUCCAUCCAAAAAUAAAUUGCAGAGCAAAAAUGUCUUGCCUUACAACAUCAAGUUUUUCUACCCCAACGUCCUCAAGUCAACCUCUUAAUAUUGGUACUAGUGUUACCUCAGAUUCUCCCAUCGACAACUUCAUAACGGACAUCAUUUCGGCUGUGACUAUUGAAGAUGGUUCGAUGUGCGGGAAUUGCGAAGAGGGCUCUUCUGCAUUUUCAAAAUGCAUGGAUUGUAGUGAAUUGUUAUGUGAUACCUGCGUUCGAGCCCACCAAAGGGUACGCCUUACCAAAGACCAUCGAAUAUCCAGAUUUGCUAACGCGGCAAUCACACCUCCUCACACCAACAGUGGCGGAUCUUUGGGAUCUUCUUCUCAGAUUAGUACGAGUCCCUGUAACAAUACAAUACACAAUUUGUGUGAUAGUCAUCGGGAGCCUCACAGAUUAUUUUGUCAAACAUGCACCAUUCCCACGUGUACAGAAUGUCUUAUGGAAGAUCACUGUGGACAUCAUUUAACAUACAUUGAGGAUGCAAUCGAGUCGGCGAAAAGUACUAAUCAAAAAUUGAGCGGCGAAACUCGUACCGCUAUCAUUGCAAUCAGGGAGGCCAUAGACAACGUCCAACGUAUGUCCGAAAGUGUUGAACUCAGGUCCAUCCAGGCUGCGACAGAAGUACGAACUGUUAUGAGGAGGUACAUCUCAGCACUAGAAGAACGCGAAGUGGAGCUCCUGAAGCGCAUAGAUCAAACGCGCCAAAUAAAAGGAAAACUACUGAUGUCCCAGCUAGAAAAUCUUCGAGUGGCCUUAGCAAAACUAGCUUGUACAUCUGAUCUACUCAAUGAAACCAUUGAUACGACAAACACAUUUGAUUUGAUAGCCGUCAAUGAAAAAGCUACCAAUGAAUUAAAGCAGAUCAGAGCUCUUCGGCCAGAGCUCGUGCCCUGUGAAGAUGACGGUAUAAUGUUCCUACCGCCAGAUAAUGGCUUCUUGCGUGCAAUAUGUUCCAUUGGCAAUCUAACUGUAAGUUCUUCUCUUAUGUCUUCCAGAGUGGUACGAGCUCCAGUUAUUAAGGAUCCUCAGCUAUUCGUUAAAUUACCGCGCGAUAUUAAAGAUGAGCCACUAAGAAAUCGACCAAUCUAUGGGGUCAAACAUAUAGUUGCUAAAGAUACAGGUCCUUUACCAUCGCUCUCGUUUGGCAAUGAAGGUGAGAACGAUGGCCAGUUGUGCAGACCGUGGGGUGUGUGCUGUGACCAGAUGGGCAAUAUUGUAGUUGCUGAUCGCAGUAAUAAUCGGAUACAAAUAUUUAAUAGUAACGGUAAUUUCUUGUAUAAAUUUGGAAGUCAAGGUACUGGGCCUGGACAGUUCGAUAGACCUGCAGGUGUUACUGUAAAUCAACAAGGUCACAUAAUAGUAGCUGAUAAGGACAACCAUCGUAUACAAAUAUUUAAAAUGGACGGUACCUUUAUUCUAACGUUCGGCGAAAAAGGUACCCGUAAUGGACACUUUAAUUACCCUUGGGAUGUAGCUUGUAACUCCAUUGGCCAGAUCAUAGUAUCUGAUACAAGAAACCAUAGAAUUCAGUUAUUUACAAGCGAUGGUAAGUUUUUGAAUAAGUACGGUUUCGAAGGUUCCUCCACCAUGUGGAAACAUUUCGAUUCUCCUAGAGGUGUCUGUUUUACUCCAAAAGGAAAUAUAAUUGUCACAGACUUUAACAAUCAUAGAUUGGUAGUAGUAGAUCAGCAUUUCUUACAAGCACAGUUUUUGGGACAGGAAGGAUCCAAUUUUAAGCAAUUUUUAAGACCCCAAGGGGUUGUUUGCGAUGAUGACGGUAACAUAGUAGUGGCAGAUUCGAGAAACAAUCGCAUCCAGGUAUUUGAAAGCAAUGGCAAUUUCUUAUGGAAGGUCGGCCAGCCUGGUAAAGGUCCUGGUGAGUUGGAUAGACCCAGCGGUAUAUGUUUGAAUCCCGAAGGUCGAAUUGUUGUGGUAGAUUUCGGAAAUAAUCGGGUACAAGUUUUUUAGUUCAAUUAUUAUUUUUUUUGCUGGCUUGGCCAUUAUUGUUUUGUGUAGUUUCUUAGUAAUAAGAUAUAGAUAACUGCUAAUGCAUUUAUUUCCUGUUUUUAUUCAUUUACGUAUUAAUGUUUUUAUUUAAAAAAUACGAUAUAUCUCAGAAGGGAUUAAGAAAUUUGGCAUUUUAGAAGGAAUAAUUAAUGCAAUUUUGAUAACCUGCAGCGAUGUAGAUUAACAAAGUAAACACAUAGAGUAAAAUCCUAAUUUGAUCUCCAGAAAAGAUAAGGGAUAAAAGUGGAAGAAGAUACUUUAAAAGUUAUUGAGUUCGAAUUACGAGAAUUGGACCGUAAAAACGUAUACACAUUUUUUUUAAAAGUUAUUUUGUUGAGUACAUUUGCAGAUUAUCAAAAUUAUAAAAAUUGUUUGUUCUGUCUCCUUUGUUUUUAAUAAACUACCUACCUGAUUAUACGACAUGUAGGCAUUAUCUUCCAUUAAAAAACAUAUUAUUCUGAGAUAUAAUGAAGAGUUUGAUAUUUAUAAGCCAAAAUAAAAUUGGCUAGAAAUAAAAUCUCAAUAUAUUAUUAAUAUACCAGACAGUUUACCACGUAUGUAUUUUGUAAAAAUAUUCCAUAAUUGUGCCAUAAAUUUGGUUUUUUUAAUUGAGAUAUGCUCAAUUUUCGAAUAACAGAAUUUUAUUGAAAAUAAAAAACCUGUAUAAUUUACAAUGAUUUUAAAAUUAUUUUGAAAAUUUAAAAAUAUAUUAAUGUAUAUUUGGUUGUUUUUUAAAAAUAUAGUAUAUAGAAUCGGGUGACCAUGUAUAUUGGAGCCCAUGUUAAAGGCUUAUAAUUUAAAAAAAUUUUAAUAUAUGAUCGGAUUUACAUUUUUUAUAUCUAUUUUUUUUUUGACAUAUUUCACCUUUAUUGCAAGUUUAUUUUGCAUCUAAUAUUGAGAACAAUCUUGUUAUUCGAAUGGAAUACUAUUUUUAGAUAUUCAAAAAGUUUCUUUUAUCACUUUAAAAAAAAAGUAGUAGGUAGUAACAGUUUUUGUUUGCACUUUGAAUAGUUAUUGAACUAAUUUUAUUUUAUUAGUUUUCCAUGUUAAAUUAUUAUUUAAAAUAUUUUACUCUAAAGCAAUUAUAAGCCUUUAAAAUGUGUUCAAAUAUAAUUAAUCUGUGUAUAGUAAUUCGUGUUAGACUGCCUUGUAUUAAAAUUAUAAUUUUAAUAAAAUUUGUUUAAAGGGUAUUGUGAGAAAUCGUGACUUCUCAAAAACACGAGUGAUUACAUGUAAUGAAUUUUUUUGCUAAAAUCAAAAUACAAAUGAAUAUGAGGUCAUAGUGACUAAAAAAGUAUUUCUUUUUUAUAAAUCGGAAAAAUGUUCCGCUUCUUCCUAAAAAAACUAACUCAGGGACAAAAAGUGGUUUUAAAAAAUAAUUAGGAAAAUUAAUGCAGUUAAAAUUCGGUCAGAAAUAUUAUUAUUAGGUAAUACUAUAUCUAACGGUUAUACAGGAUGUCCUAAAUAUAUUUAGGACAUAUUUCAGGCGUGUAUAUUCUGGGACAUCCUUCAAUAAAUGAUUAUAUUAUAAAUAUUUUUCACUAAAUUUACUACGGGUAUUUUAAAAAAAAUAAUUAGCAAAUUUUAGCAGAUUAAAAUAUUCAUUAUUCGAUAUUUUCAGCUAGUUAUUGCUAUUUGGUUGUUAAUUUUUACACAAGCUAUUCGCCAUGAAAUAUAUAGUUAAAUCUUUUGUAUGAUAAUUAAAAUAAUGUUUUACCUGAAACUACGCGAAAGACUGAUUCAUAAUUAUAAAGGGUAUUGACACUUAAAAAAUCAACCCAAUUCUCUCAAAAAGAAAAUAUACCUAUACUGAUAUUUCAGUACGAUUCCUAAAUUUGUCUAAAUAUUUUUGAGAGAAAAGGAACGAUACGCUAUCGGGUGUCAAGAUACUUAUAGAUUUUUAUAAAUAGAUUAGUUACCAUUUUGCAAUAUUUAAAGGCAAUGACUUAUUUAGGAGAGACUGAUUGCACUCUUUAAGACUGAUAUUUGUAAAAAGACUUAGUAAAUUAGUAUUAUUAUAUUUUAUUCCUGUGGAUGCUGUGUUUUUUGGCAUUUAAUGUCAUAUAUUUGAUGACUAAAUUAAGUAGGCUUUUUUUCAUAACUAAAAUGCAAAUUCCAUUUAAGAGAUACUCAAGAGAACUAUAUUUUCGUAAUUGUUUUCUAGUUUUUGAUCUUUAUUGAUUUUUCUAGCGAAGAGCUUACAAAAAAAAAAUAGAAAGAAUGAUUUUUACUAAAAAUGUUUAGGGAUUAAUGUAAUUGAUAUACUAGAUAUAUAAAUACAAUUGAAUAGAACCGUCCAUUAAAAAGAUUCAAAGUGUUUGCAUUUAAAUUGCAUAAAGUUGUCCUAAAUCUGAAUAUAUAUGUAACACGAAUGCCUUUUUUUAAAACAAGAUCAAACUAGAAAAUGAUUAGACCCAAUACUUUUUAAGCAAACGCAACAAAAUUUGUAUUUUUGUUUUGAAAUCUAAAGCCUACCUUAUAUUGUCAUAUUGUAUUUUAAAAAUAUGAAUAUGAGAUUUUUGUAAUUUUUUAUAAUAUCUGAC